GACAUCACGACCAAUAGGCGGAGCAGGUGAGGUCACGUGGUCACAGGUGCACAGGACAAAUGACUGAAGCAUCUGAUGAGAGGAGAGUCAGAGCUGCAGCCGGAGAGUGAGGAGUAGGAGGAGGAGUAGGAGGAGGAGAGUGAUGGGGGAGUCUCGGCUGAUCGCGGAGGAGCUGCUGGCUCUUUGUCUCCAGAGGAUCACCAUGGAGGAGAACACUGUGAGCACAGAGCGAGAGAUCGUUGACGUGCUGAAGAACUUUGAGACGGUCAGGAAGCGCUGGCUGCACGCCGAGCUGGAGCUGAAGAAAUACAAAGAGCUGCUGGUGAAGUCUGACGUGGCCAAAGCUGCUCUGGAGGUCAAACUGAAACACGCUCGAAACCAGCUGGACGUGGAGAUGAAGAAACGCUACAAGGUUGAAGGCGACUAUCAGUACCUGCAGAGGCAGAUGCAGCUCAUGUGUGACAUCCUAGUCCACGACAGUAAAUCCAGCGCCUGUCUGAACAACGAGCAAAAGUCUCUGUUAGCGACGUUUGAACAGAAAGGAACAAACAUGACUCUGCACAAGAGCAGCAAACGGUUGUGUGUGAUCGACGAGUCAUCUUUCCUGUCGCACUCUGACAUCAGCUACGAUCGGACAGACGAUGACGUGGACCUGGACACGAGCGUGAUCAAACCUCUGAGGUCUCGAGCCAGAGAGCGGAGGCGCUCAUCGAUGGGACCGGCUGUUGGCGCCGCCGCUGGGAGGCGAGGGAGAAGUGGGAACGUGUCUGCAGAGCUGCUGGAUAGAAAAGCUGUGGUGGAAGAGGCCCUGAGACCUGAGGUGGAGGCGAUUGUGAAGGCGUCUGUGAUGACUCCUGAGACCGGAGCUCAGAUCCAGACCCCUGAGCAGCCGGUCCAGCCCCUCCCCCAGGAGUCAGUCGGAGGAGACCAAACGUCCGUGUGGUUCCCCUCUGAUGAGACGAUGAUGGAGCCUGAGACUGAAGCAAAGAUGGAGGAGAGCACCGCCUUCAGAGCGUCGUACACCUGCACCACUGAGAAAACCCUGAAACAUGUCUUCCUGUCUAAAACUGUGAUCCGGCCAGAGACGUGCUCGCCGUGCGGUAAGAGGAUCCGUUUUGGGAAGAUGGCGGUGAAGUGCAGGAACUGCCGUGCAGUCGCUCAUCCAGAGUGCAAACAGAAACUCAGUGACAGCUGCUCAGCCACAGCCACGACAGGAAGUUCAGCUCAGCAGAACUCGUUGGAGAGUUUUGCCCCGCUGACCCAUCCCAGAAUUCCCAAACUGAUGGUGGAGUGUGUGGCUGAGAUUGAGAGGAGAGGGCUGGAGGAGAGAGGACUUUACAGAGUACCUGGAGGAGAACGUCUGGUGAAGGAGCUCAGAGAUAGAUUCAUCCAGGGGAAGACUCCACUCAUGCUCAGUAAGGUCUAUGAUGUCCAUGUUCUGUGCGGUCUCCUCAAAGACUUCCUGAGGAGACUGAAAGAACCUCUGGUCACCUUCAGACUGCACAGAACCUUCAUGGAGGCCUCAGAGUUGGCCGAUGAAGACAACAGAACUGCCAUCAUGUUUCAGGCGAUAGCAGAACUUCCAAAGACCAACAGAGACACUCUGGCUUUCCUCAUGCUUCACUUACACAAGGUGAUGAGGAGUCCUCAGUGUCAGAUGGACCAGAACAAUCUGGCCAGGGUGUUCGGACCGACCAUCGUGGGACAUGGGAUGUCUGAGCCGACUCCAACGACCAUCAUGAGCGACACCAACACUCAGCCAAAGGUUGUUUGCAGCAUGUUGUCCCUCCCUGAAUCUUACUGGAGACGUGUCCUCACCGUGCAGACACAUCAGACUUUGUCCUCCACCACUGUGACCUCCACCCAGGACAAUGGACACGGUCGGCUGUUUAAACCUCUGACGUCUCCGGAGUUGAGCAGUUACUAUAAAACUCAGAGCAGAGGAUCUGUGAGAGGUCGGAUGAGGAACCUGGGGAACGCUCUGACCAACACGGGUCGAACAGAACCGGGCCGGAGGUUCUUCACUUCACCCAGCUGAUCUCUGACCUGCUGACCGCAAACACAUCCAGACCGCACACACACCAUCAGGGGGGACUGGUCAGACUGGUCAAAGUGGUCUGCCUGACGCUCACAGACGUCUGAACAGGAGCACCAAUCACAGGACAGCUUCCUCCCGUAGACGCUCAGAACCAGUGAAAUGUAAAUCUGUCAGAACACUGUGUGACCCUGUGUGUGUGACUGUGUGUACCUGAGCAGUAGAACGUGUCUCAGGCUGUAAACUGGACUCUGAUGUUCCUGAGUUCUGAUUUAAACUGUGAAAAAUAGAAAAUGUUCUGUAAGAAACUUUAAAUAAACAAAAUGUUAUUAUUGU